AUGCCAUCAGCUCAGGAUUACCACGUGAAUCCGCAUUUCCAGAUGGGGGAGCGGGAGCCAGAGCGGGAGCCAGGGUCCGUUGGACAGGCGCCCAAGGCGCCAGCUACGCCGCGUAUGAUGGGCCGUCGGGGUUCGGAGAACCCGGGGCUCAUGCCUCCAGCUAGUAUUUCCAAUGGCCAAGGCCAGGUUCAGGGUCAAGGCCAAGGCCAGGCUUCUGUGCCUGGGAGCGUACAGACUCCAGUUCAGACCCCAGUGCAAACACAGGGCGCGGCCCACUCGCAUUCCAGCGACGUGGCCAGCAAUAAUAAGCCUUUCCACAGAAAAUCGUUGGGCGACUGGGAUUUCCUAGAGACAGUGGGCGCAGGGUCCAUGGGUAAAGUCAAACUCGCAAGACACAGGGUCACAAACGAGGUAUGCGCCAUCAAAAUCGUCAACAGGGCUGCAAAAUCGUAUAUGCACAAACAGAACCAGCUUCCCCCUCCUAAAACCGAGGAAGAGUUGCUCGAGCGCAAGAAAAAGUUGGAAAAAGAACUCUCGCGCGAUAGAAGAACCAUCAGAGAAGCUUCGUUGGGCCAGGUGCUCUACCAUCCGCACAUUUGCCGGCUCUUCGAAAUGUGUACCAUGAGUAACCAUUUCUACAUGCUCUUCGAAUACGUUUCUGGUGGUCAACUUUUGGACUACAUCAUCCAGCAUGGUUCCCUCAGAGAAAAACACGCUAGGAAGUUUGUGCGCGGUAUCGCCAGUGCAUUGCAAUACUUGCAUCAGAAUAACAUUGUGCAUAGAGAUUUGAAGAUUGAAAAUAUCAUGAUUUCCACCAGUGGCGAGAUCAAAAUCAUCGAUUUCGGUCUCUCCAACUUGUACGACUUCAAGAAACAGUUACACACUUUUUGCGGCUCGCUUUACUUCGCCGCUCCAGAAUUACUCAAGGCGAACCCAUACGUGGGGCCCGAGGUCGAUAUAUGGUCCUUCGGUGUUGUAAUAUACGUGCUCGUAUGCGGUAAAGUGCCAUUCGACGAUGAAAACGCUAGCGUCUUGCAUGAAAAAAUUAAAAAGGGGAAGGUCGAAUACCCACAACAUCUCUCCAUCGAAUGCAUUUCUUUAUUGUCAAAAAUGUUGGUCGUAGACCCGGUAAAGAGAGCCUCUUUGAAACAGGUGUGCAAUCACCAAUGGAUGCAAAGAGGAUUCGAUUUCCCUCCUCCAUCUUAUGUCCCUCAUCGAGUGCCGUUGACAGUCGAAAUGCUUGAUAUUAACGUCAUCAAGGAAAUGCAUCGCCUAGAGUUGGUCCACGACAUCAACGACGCGUUCCAAGUCUUGAGAGAUAUCAUUGAAUCUCCGGAAUAUAAAGAACUCUCAAGGCAGUAUUGGUUUAACGUGCAAAAUUCAAACUCUCAGGAUGAUCCAACUAGAGCUUAUAGCCCUCUACUUUCCAUCUACUACUUGGUCGACGAAAUGUUGAAGAGAAAACUCGCUAAAAGACUACAAAAACAACAGCAGUUACAGCAAUUCCAACAACAACAACAACAACAGCAGCAGCAGCAGCAGAGCAUCCGUUCAGCAGCGUCGUAUGGAUCUCAAGACGCUUACCAAGCACAGUCUUCUUCUAUGUUCCCGGCAGCACAAGUGGACACUUCGAUUCCACAACCAGAUCAUUCCCCACCAAAGACUCUUCAACAACCAGUCUCUGUAAAUAAUUCUAAGAGUCGUUACGCAACAAGUUCUGCUCAAAAUUCCAGGACUACCCCAUCAACUAAUUCCAAUAAUACUAAUGUACCUCCUACAGGAAACACUAAUUCGCCAUCGGCUUAUAUUCCUUCAAAUGUUGAAAGAGCGUCCAAUAUAACGGCUUCUCCGGUAAAGAAUAAGCAGCUCCCUGAAAUUAUGAUUCCACCAAAAUUAACAGUUCCAGAACUUGCUUAUACUUCACCAACCAGAAAAUCAAGUGAAAACAAUCCGGAUAUUGACACUGUCAUGUCUCCUUCUCCUGGUCCCGCAGAAUAUAAUCCACAGCACGAACAAUCAAAACCUUUGCAACAACAGCAACAGGGGCAACAUCAACAUCAUAGUGGUAAAUAUAUAUUUGGAUCAGAAGGAGGCGGAUCUUCAACAGCUAACGCCGAGAAACCUAGAAUUGGAUCCAUUUUCCGUAGACUUUCGCAACGUCACCGCCACGGUCACAGUAUUAGCCAAGCUCAAGGACCUCUUCACAAUCAAACUCAGAUGCAAGAAUCCAGGUCAUCUUUGGAACCCUCUGCUAGUGCUAUGACCAGGAAUCGGAAAACUCACACUCGUACUGUCUCAGAACAUGUACCGUCAACCUCAUCCAGGUACACAUCUGAUGCUUAUUAUACCGAAAGGAUUCCCAGGGAUAUGCAAGGUGAUCUGCCAGCACUACCACCUAACGCUGAUGUGCUGGUAAAGCAACAGGAAGAGAAAUUACACGAUUUGAAAUUGAAUAACAGCGACCUCGAGGAUCAAUCAGAAAAUGAAAUGAAUAAUAAAAUUGAUGAAAACCAACCUCUCGCACUUCUGUCUGCACCUAAGGGCAAGAAGUUGCAUCCAAGCGCAAGAGCAAAAUCGGUGGGUCAUGCUCGUCGUGAAUCUUUGAAAUACAGUCGUCCUCCUGUUCCAGAAACAGAAAUUACCACUGCAACCAUCGAUAACGGAUUGGAGCAAACUCAAGUGCGCAGCAAUGAUGAUGGCUUCCUGCAAUCGAAUUCUGAUAAUAACCUAAUGGCAGUUGACGAUAUAUCACCAUGGGAAGAACUCACAGAUGAGCAAAUUAUUGAGAGAGCUUCCAAGGCGCCACCAGGUUCCAUGCCAUCUAUUGACUUCCCUCGUUCGUUGUUCUUGAAGGGCUUUUUCUCAGUGCAAACAACUUCCUCAAAACCUUUGCCUGUUGUCAGAUAUAAAAUUAUAAGCACGCUCAAGAAAUUAAACAUUGAGUUUAAGGAGGUCAAGGGUGGUUUCAUUUGUUGUCACAGACAAUCAUAUGUUUCACAAGAACAACCUCCAGGUCAUGGUAGACACCCAUCCAUUAUUAUUAAUGAAUCUUCUUCAAUGGAAUCCAAUGGUUCUACCCUGAACUCCCACAGAAGACAACACUCGAUACCAUCCCGUCAUGGUUCUGUCAGAAGACACGGCUCUAUUAAGCAGCCGGGUAUUCCAGCGACACCUUUGGCCGCAACAACUCAUGAACGGAAUUUAUCUAUCACAUCACCUCGUACAAGCAAUGCUCAAAUACUGGAAGAGGUUUCUACUGCUUCUUUGGAGACUUUGAACAACCAAGAGGACAUAUUGACCAAUUCUAAGGCACAUGAUAUGAACAUAUUCAUGAUUGAUAACAAGAGCAGUGAACAAUCUAGUAAAGAGAGACCACCAUUAAAGUUCGAAAUUCAUAUUGUUAAAGUCAAACUUGUUGGUCUAGCGGGUGUUCACUUUAAAAAGGUCUCCGGUAACACAUGGAUGUAUAAAGAACUGGCGUCUCAUAUCCUCAAAGAACUAAACUUAUAG